AUGUCGAAAAUUAGUCAAAAUAGUGAUUUAAGCAGUUUAAACGAGCCAAAUAGCCCAUAUGUAACUCCAGGGUGUGAAAAAAACUCGUUCGAAACUAAUAUUAAUACGCUGAGAGGAUCCCGCGUGCAAGCACCCGAUGAUUCACUUCUCAUAAAUGGUGAUUGCGAUUAUGCUUUGGAACUCCGAGCCUUCAAAUACCAAGUUAUCAAGAAAAUGGACAUGCAAACAAGAGCUAUUAUGGAUCUUCGAGAUUUGUGUAUUUCCCUGAAAUCGGAAUUGCAAGAAAUUAAAACGAAGUUCAUGUCGGUAGUUGAACAAAGUGAUAAAAGCAAUAGUGAAAAUAUCAAUCGUGCUCUCAAUGUAAAUAACGGGCAGUGUAUUCGUACCGAGGACAUAUCGGAGAAGCGAAUAGAAAAUAUACCAACACCAACAUUUGCCAAAAUCACUCAAAACCCGAGGCAGGUAGGCGGUAGUACUAGCGAGGCCACGAAAGCCACGAAAAUCAGCUCAGCGACAAUCAAAACGCGACGAGUUAAGAGACAUCAAUUGCAAUCGGUGGAUCUCGAGACCGUAGAGGUGUCGGUGAAGGAGGCGGACGAGCCGUUGGUGCUGGUGGACCCGUAUCACCCGCCACUCUUGAUUGAGCUGGACUACCCCCGAUAUACAAGGAUAGGACGGGACGUGUUGCAUAACUGGGAAAGUAGGACCGCUGCAGGUAGGAGUAAAUUAACUUGGAAUUUCUAUAAAGCAGAUUUUGCUUCAUUAUAUCACUCACUGAGUCUCGUCGAUUGGGGUGACGUUUAUAAUAUGCGAAACCCUGAGCACGCCCUUGCAGCGUUAUAUGAUAUCUUGAACAACAUUCUAGAUAAGCAUGUGCCUAGAAAGUCCAACGCGAAAAAUCAUAAAUGUAGCUAUCCCGAGUGGUAUACGUCCGAUAUUAUUAAUGAUAUAAGGCUUAAGGCUAAGUUACACAAACGCUAUAAAUUAAGUCGAUCGGAUACGGAUUAUAACGCUUUUGCAUUUUGUCGAAGGAGAGUUAAGGCUAAUCUAAAACAGACAUUUCAGAUAUACGAACAACGAAUUCAAAACAAUUUAAUUAAAGACCCAAAAUCUUUUUGGAAAUAUAUCGGAGCAAAAAAAUCGUCUGCACAAAAACAAACAGUUUAUAAAAACGGUGUGCAGUUAUCGAAUUCGGAAUGUGCGAAUGAAUUUGCGAAAUAUUUUUAUUCUGUGUACAAUAACGAACCAGCGAGACUCAAUGUUGACGAAGCGGUGAGGGCGAGCGGCGGCGGUAGUGCUCGUGUUCACGUACCCGAACUGUCGCUAGCCGAAGUAAAAGUUGCGCUCGUUCGGCUGAAGCCAAAAAGCUCCGUGGGCCCAGAUGGAAUUCCGCCUUUCUUAUUACGCGACUGCAGGAAACAUGUAAAAUAUAAAAGGGACUCACCGCAUCAGCUUCUCGUUGGCGGCACAGCACCAUCAGCACAUCAGGAAGUUGUGUACCCUGCUUCAUCGUCGGAUGGUCUAAACUCUAAUUAA